AUGUGCCGCCUUCGCCGCUGCGCCUGCUGGUCACCCACCCGAGAGGCCCCUAGUCGCCACUAUGUGUCCCCCCCCCAGCCUCGGCGGCCGCGGCUAAUAACAGCGAGAGAGGCAGCAGUGCCUCGGUGCCUCUGGAAGAGGGGGAGGGCGCCCGAGAGGAGGAUAGCAGACAAUUUCUUUGUAUGUGAAGGAUGCAGUGUGCCACGUUGUCUGCUGUAUGACAUGUAUGUGGAGAACUGCAGACAGGAGGCCCAGACUCAAGUAAAUCCAGCUACAUUUGGAAAGCUUGUUCGGUUAGUGUUCCCCGACUUAGGAACCAGAAGACUGGGCACAAGGGGAAGUGCAAGGUAUCAUUAUGAUGGAAUACAGAUAAAGAAGAGCUCACCCUUCUAUGCCUACUAUUGCUAUCUUUUGGCUGAGAAAGGGGAGAACAGUGCAAGAGGCCCUUUCCAUAUGGCAGCAAUCGCAGUGCAGUUACAGGCCGAAGCCAUUCCUGCCUCACCACAGGCCACACCCCCAAAGGACCAAGAAGCAGUUGGAUAUCCACUUCCUGAAUUCAGGAGAUUUUCUUCAUGGGAGCAGGAGCUAGAAAAGAAAUAUUCCUGUAAAAUGGUUUCUUUAUUUGCUGAUGCAUAUUGCACCCACUGCCAGGAAGUGUUGCAGAACGUAAAAAACAAGGAUCUCGACCAGGUAGAAGAGCUCUUCACUGUUUUCUGGAAGUCUCUGAAGCCUGACGCAAUAAUGUUCAUGUCCCAGGCAGAUGUUUGCCAGCUAUUUCAGUGCUACGACAGGCAGCUCUUCCAGGAAAUGGAGAAGAUUCUGCUUCAUGAUUUUCUGGAAGAUGUCUCUAUACAGUACCUCAAACUGGUCAGAUUAUUCAGCAAAAAUAUUAAAAGCUGGCUGCUCGCAACUAUGGAAGACUUCCCACCGUUGUUGGGCGCCUCUAAAAUCAAAGAGGUGACUUUGUUUAUAAAAAGACUUCGGAGGAAGACUUACCUUGCUAACAUGGCAAAGACCAUGAGAAUAGUAUUGAACAACAGCAGGAGAGUCAGUGUUUUGAAAUCGGACAUGAACGCAGUCAUUACUCAGGGGUUUUCGGACAUUCCUGGAAGCUCGCUGCAAAUGGCGUUUAGAAAUGUGGAUGAAAUUGAAAGUGGCACAGAGCUGAAAUGCUUGAAUAAUCUGAUGUCUUCACUGGACACUUCAACAGAUAUUAGGGUUUUGCUAAAUUGUUUGUCCUCGGACCUUGAGGCUUUCGUGAUUCAGCCAAGCAAGAAUCAAGAAGAGUUCAGAAAGCUCGCUGCUAAUUUCCAGCUGAGGUGGAACUUCCUCUUGACAUCUGUCAGCAAGGCAAUGACCCUCUGCCACACUGAGAGCUUUGGCUCCUGGCAUUUGUUCAAUUUGCUUCUGCUUGAAUAUGUCAUUCACAUACUUCAAACCCAUGUGGAGGAGGAAGGAGAUGGGGCUCUGUUGAUGAUGCCGCAGGAUACCUUGGUUCUUCAACCAGUCUGUCUUCUGGACGAUUUUGCUGUUGAACAGACUGAUGCCGGGCAGGCAGCACCAACUCGAAUCAUUCUGACCCAAAGUCAAAGCGACAUUAACCUAAGUCGCAUUAUUCUGAAGGUCCUCAGCUACCUAGUAGAUGCUGACACAGGCAACAAGCUUAUCCAGGUAGUUCUGGAAGACAAAGCAUCUAAAUGUUCGAUUAAAGUGAAUCUUCCUGUUGGACAGGAAGCACUUGUUACUCUAAAAGAUGGGCAGAAAUUUAUCAUUCAUACCUCUGACCUCCAAGAAGACUGCAGCAGUGCUUGGGAGGAAAUGAAACAGAUCUGA